UCUCCGUAUCAUGAGUCGCCGCUUCCCGCUAUUUGUUCCCACUAGAUUCCACCUUCAUACCUCUUCAAACUCGAAUUUCUCCUCUUCUCCUCGUCUCCUUCCCAAAGAGCCAAGAAUCGCUAAACCCCGACUCCCAAUUCCGAUUCCACUAGAGAAACUGUUAGCAGAGCACAGAAGAUCUCGCGGCCAAUCCCCCAACCUCGUUGCCCCGGAAAUCUCAUCUCAAGAAUCCAAUCGGGAGCUCGAUUCCGCUUACGACGACGUCGUGUGCCGUUACAAGGGUUCUCGUAACCCUCACGAUGCCGCAAGCCUCCACCUUGAGCUAAUCAAGAAAGGGUUUGUAGGGGAUUUGUUUUUGUCCAACAAUCUGAUCAACCUCUAUGCUAAAGCAGGCAAUCUGGCGUCCGCUCAUCAGAUAUUCGAUGAUAUGCGGGAAAAGAAUGCGGUUUCUUGGACUUGCUUAAUUGCUGGGCACACGCAGCAUGGGCUUCCCGAUGAGGCUUGCUGUAUAUUUUGGUCAAUGAUUUCAAAUGGUUUUGAGCCCACUCAGUUCACCUUUGGAAGUGUUCUCCGAGCAUGCCAGGAUUGUGGUCCCGAUCGCCUAAGUCUUGGAAUCCAGAUCCAUGGGCUGGUUUCUAAAACCCAGUGCUCAUUGGAUAUUGUGGUGUGCAAUGCGCUGAUAUCCAUGUAUGGAAGUUGCUGUUUGAAUUCUGCAUUCUAUGCUCAGCAAGUGUUUGAUAGUGUACCAAUCAAGAAUUCCAUAACUUGGAACUGCAUCAUUUCCGUGCACUCUCAAAAAGGGGAUGCGAUGGCUGCCUUUAAGCUCUUUUCAGAUAUGCAAAUGGGAAGUUCUGGGUUUGAUUCGAAACCGAAUGAGUAUACCUAUGGCAGCUUGAUAUCUGUGACGUACUCUUCCUCAUGUGGUGUGUGCCUUCUUGACCAAAUGCUUGCAAGGGUGUCCAAGUCCGGGUGUUUGAGCAAUCUCUAUGUGGGUAGUGCUCUGGUUAGUGCAUUUGCUAGAUUUGGGUUGCUUGAUAGAGCUAAAAAGAUCUUCUUGCAAAUGGAUGAGAGGAAUGCUGUAUCUCUGAGUGGCUUGAUGGUGGGACUCGUAAAGCAGAAUCUUGGAGAAGAAGCAGUGGAUGUUUUCAGAGAAACAAGGGAUUUAGUUGUCAUAGAUCAUGACUCUUUUGUGGUCCUGACGAGUGCACUUGCUGAGUUUCAAGUACCGGAAGAAGGGAGAAGAAAGGGGAGGGAGGUCCAUGGACUUGUGAUUAGAUCUGGACUUAUAGAUUCUAAGGUUGCGAUUGGGAAUGGCUUACUUAACAUGUAUGCAAAAUGUGGUGCCAUUGAUGAAGCUUGUAGAGUCUUCAAGCUCAUGAGAAUGAAAGAUCGGGUCUCAUGGAGUACGAUGAUCUCCGGUCUUGAUCAGAAUGGUUAUUUUGAAGAGGCUCUGAUGAGCUUCCAAAUGAUGCUAUGUAAUGGUAUCAUGCCAUCGAAUUAUGCAAUAAUCAGUACUUUGAGUUCAUGUGCAAGCUUGCGACUUUUUAGUGCAGGUGCGCAACUCCAUUGUGAUAGCAUCAAACUUGGACUUGAUUCGGAUGUUUCUGUUUCAAAUUCGCUUCUCGCCAUGUAUGGAGAAUGCGGUUCUUUGACUGAGUGCUGGAGAGUUUUUAAUUCUAUGCCUGGCUAUGAUCAGAUUUCAUGGAAUUCCAUGAUUGGGGCAUUAGCCAGUUCUGAGGCAUCUCUGCAGGAAUCUAUAGGGGUUUUCUUAGAUAUGAUGCGAAAUGGGUGGAAACCAAACAGAGUGACAUUCGUGAAUAUUUUUGCUGUUUUAUCUCCACUUUCUGUUCCUGAGUUAGGUAGGCAAGUUCAUGCUCUAGUCCUGAAACAUGGGAUGUCAGAGGACAGCGCUGUGGAAAAUGCCCUUCUAUCUUGUUAUGCUAAGUCUGGAGAGAUCGAUAACUGUGAGCGCCUCUUUUUUAAAAUGUCUGAUAGGAGGGAUGAUGUAUCAUGGAAUUCUAUGGUUGCAGGAUAUGUUCAAAAUGGACUUCUGCAAAAGGCCAUGGAUUUUGUUUGGUUCAUGAUUCAUAGUGGCCAGCAGAUGGACUGCUUCACGCUGGCAACAGUUCUGAGUGCAUGUGCCUCUGUAGCAGCAUUAGAGCGCGGGUUGGAAAUUCAUGCCUUUGGAAUUAGGUGUUAUUUGGUAUCUGAUGUCGUAGUGGAGAGUGCACUUGUUGAUAUGUAUUCCAAGUGUGGAAGAAUAGACUAUGCCUCGAGGGUCUUCAGGUUCAUGAGUUUGAGAAAUGAAUUUUCUUGGAAUUCAAUGAUUUCAGCUUAUGCCCGACAUGGGCUUGGUGAGAAUGCUCUGGAGGUCUUUGAAGAAAUGCAAUGCGGGAAUCAACGACCAGAUCAUGUCACCUAUGUUGGGGUUUUAUCUGCCUGUAGUCAUGCUGGGUUAGUGGAGGAAGGUUUAAACUACUUCGAAUCUAUGAGUGACUAUGGUUUAGUACCACGGAUGGAGCACUAUUCUUGUACGAUCGAUCUUUUGGGCCGAGCAGGUAAGCUUGAUAAGGUGGAAGGGUUCAUCAAAAAAAUGCCAAUGAGGCCUAGCGUGCUCAUAUGGAGGACAGUUUUAGUUGCUUGUCGUCGAUCAAAAGAUGAUACAAAGACAGAGUUAGCAAAACUAGCAUCAAAAAUGCUUGUGGAAUUAGAACCUCAAAAUCCAGUUAAUUAUGUACUUACUUCGAAUUUCUAUGCCUCCAAAGGAAGAUGGGAAGAUGUAACAAGAACACGAGCUGCGAUGCGAAGAACAACUGUAAAGAAAGAAGCUGGUUGCAGCUGGGUCACCUUAAGGGAUGGAGUUCAUGUUUUUGUAGCUGGAGACAGAUCACACCCAAACACGGAAGAGAUCUAUGCCAAACUAUGUGUUCUGAAUCAAAAGAUGAGAGAUGCAGGUUAUGUUCCUCAGACAGAGUUUGCUUUAUAUGACCUUGACAUGGAGAACAAAGAAGAGUUGUUAAGCUAUCAUAGUGAGAAACUUGCUGUGGCAUUUGUUCUUACCCGCUCUUCAGGAGCACCUAUACGUAUCAUGAAGAACCUUCGGGUUUGUGGGGAUUGCCAUUCAGCAUUUAGAUAUAUUUCUAAGAUUGUUGGACGACAGAUAGUUCUACGUGAUUCUAAUAGAUUCCAUCAUUUUGAGGAUGGGAAAUGUUCAUGUGGGGAUUACUGGUGACGGGGCCUACUAUUUUCUUAAGUACAAGCUCCUAGGAAUUCUUUUGCCGGGUCUUCCAAAUAGAUUUAAAAAGUAAUGCGGAUACACAGAUUGAAAAACUGAGUUUUGAGGGUGCAUUAAGCUGUUUGAGGAAAUAUUAAGCAGGUGCAUCUGAUUGGCGCAAGACCAAGAAAGAGAGUCUGUCUGGAAUCAAAGAGUUGAAUGUUAAGCAGCAGAAGAUGGCUGAUGGAAAAUAUUGCCAGAUUACAAAGACAGUGGUCAAGACAGCGAAACAUGCUUAAAAUAGAGGAUGCAAACAGAUAAAUGCACAGCUGGAGAUGCCAAAUGCCAGCCUUCGUGCAUGGAUCAAAUACCUUCAGUUCAGAUAACAUAUUCAAUUGAAUGAUUCUGGUAAACUUUCUGAAUAAUAUGCAUGUCAUGUGAUGGUUUAUUAUCCUGAGCUCAGGCUCAUUUCAGCUGUGAAACAAAUCAUUUUAUGCAGUAAGCAACAAAUGAUAAUAUGUGGCAUUAAUGUGGAUGACCUCAUGCAGAAUUAGCUCCGCCGAAAAGGUAGCAACCUGCAGUUAUUCUAACUUCCUAGUUAUAGGAGCAAUGGUUGCAAGGUAUAAAUGAUUUAUAUGUGAAAUUUCUUCUCUUUGUGCUGUUGGGACAGUGCACGAUUUUGCUGUUACGUUGCUAACAAAUUACACACAGUUCAUAUGUCAGUCAACAGCAGGAGAUCCUUUUCGUCAGUUUUGGAACUAUACACUUGGAUUGGAACUUCAUCAUUCUCUACUCAAGUUAUGUAGUCAAAUCUGCUAUACCCACAGUAUCUCCUUUCCCUGUACUUGGCCUAAUCAAUUUUCUGACUGGCAUCUGCUGGGUGUUAUUUUUCGGCCGAAAUAUGUAUAAUUUUUUCAUGCUUGUGACAACAAUGAUGCCAACAACCAAGUUCUUCUCCAUCAAGGUUAGCUCAUUUGGGGAGCAACACUUGGAACAAACAUGUUUUCAUAUAUCUGUACUUAAUUCAGAUUGGAUUAAUUUUUCUUAUGAUUUGCUUUCUUGAUUUCUGAUA